AUGGGAGCCGGGAAGCGUUUCCCACCGCCGCUUCCUGAUCCAGCUGAGUACGUUGUUGAGUUCGACGGACCUGACGACGCCACGCAUCCUUUCAACUGGAGCUUUGCCGUGAAGCUCUACAUCUCCGUCAUAGCCUGUGCCGGCACCUUCGUCGCAUCUUUCGCCAGCGGGCUGUUCGCCCCAGGAACCGAGCAAGUAGGCAAAGCCUUCGGCGUCAGCACCGAGGUAGCCACCUUGGGAACCACCCUCUACGUCCUGGGCUUCGCAACGGGCCCUCUGAUCUGGGGACCUGCUUCGGAAUUGAUCGGCCGACGGUGGCCCCUGAUCCUAGGCCUCGUCGGCGGGGCCAUCUUCGACAUCGGCUCGGCAGUGGGCAAGGACCUGCAGACGGUCAUCAUCUGCCGCUUCUUCGCGGGGGUGUUCGGAGCCUGCCCGUUGUCCGUCGUCCCCGGCGUGCUGACGGAUAUCUACAGCAAUGCCCAUCGGGGAUUCGCCAUGACCAUCUACGCGCUCACCGUGUUCGUCGGGCCCUUCUGCGCCCCAUUCAUCGGCGGGUUCAUCACCUCCAGCUCGCUCGGCUGGCGCUGGACACUCUACCUCCCCGCCUUGAUGGGCUUUGCAUUGGGCAUCAUCUCCUUUGCCUUCCUGAAAGAAACAUACGCCCCGAUCCUCCUGGUCGAAAAGGCAGCCGCCAUCCGCCGGGCGACCCGCAACUGGGGCAUCCACGCCAAACAGGACGAGGUCGAGAUCGAUCUGACCGCGCUGCUGCAGAAGAACUUCACCCGCCCGCUGCGGAUGCUCCUCACCGAGCCUAUCAUCCUGCUGAUCUCGAUGUACAUGUCGUUCAUCUACGGGCUGGUCUACGCCCUGCUUGAGGCCUACCCCUACGUGUUCCAGACGGUCUACCACAUGAGUCUCGGCGUCAGCGGCCUGCCCUUCAUCGGCCUGAUCAUCGGCCAGGUCCUCGCCUGCGCCUUUAUCCUCUCCCAGCACUCGGCGUAUGUCAAGAAACUCAUCGCGAACGACAACCGCCCUGUGCCAGAAUGGCGGCUGGGGCCCGCGAUGAUCGGUGCUCCGAUCUUCACGGUCGGGAUCUUCUGGUUCGGCUGGACGGGAUUCACACCACGCAUCCACUGGAUGGCACCCACUGCGGCCGGUGUCUUUGUAGGGUUCGGCGUACUGUGCAUCUUCCUCCCGUGCUUCAACUACUUGGUUGAUUCGUAUCUCCCGCUGGCGGCAUCGACCGUGGCGGCCAACAUCAUCCUCCGCUCCAGCGUUGCGGCUGGAUUUCCGCUGUUCACGAAGCAGAUGUUCGAAAAUCUGGGGAUCCAGUGGGCGGCGACGUUGCUGGGAUGCCUGGCGGCCGUGAUGAUUCCUAUCCCCUUUGCGUUUCGGAGGUGGGGCCCGCGGCUGAGGGGGAAGAGUUCGCUUGCUCCUUAG